AUGGCGGCCAAACACACGGGUGUUGAAGGAAACACCAGAGGCACCACUCAGUGCCACAGCCCGGCUGACACGGCGAUAUUGAGUCACAGAUCUGCCUCAGAGACCUCCACAAACUCUGCCACGGCAACGGGCUCCGCGACUUUCAUCACCUCGCCAGCCCCGGAGGGGCCCCGCGGUCCCGCCCUGCGCAGCCGCGCUGCGCUCGCGGCCCCGCGCAGGCGCCGCCCCGCCCCAGGAAGACACAAGAUGGCGGCGGCGACGCGCGGGCUGCGGCUGCCAAGGGCAGGCCAUGGAAUUUCUGUCCUGACUGCAGCACCGUCGGUGUUGCAGCAGCACCGGCAGGUUCAUCAUGCUGUGAUCCCUCAUGGGAGAAGUGGAAGAUCCUCUGUCAGUGGCAUUGUGGCCACUGUCUUUGGAGCCACAGGUUUCCUGGGACGAUAUGUUGUCAACCGCUUAGGUCGCAUUGGCUCUCAAGUCAUCAUCCCCUAUCGGUGUGAUCAGUAUGACCUGAUGUAUCUGCGGCCCAUGGGUGACCUGGGGCAGCUUCUCUUUAUGGAGUGGGACUGUAGGGACAAAGAUUCUAUCCGAAGAGCCGUGGAACACAGCAAUGUGGUCAUUAAUCUUAUUGGAAAGGAAUGGGAAACAAAAAAUUUCAGAUUUGAAGAUGAAUUUGUAAAUAUUCCUCAAAGUAUCGCACAGAUAAGUAAGGAAGCUGGUGUGGAAAAAUUCAUUCAUAUCUCUCACCUGAAUGCUAGCAUGAAGAGUCCCUCCAAAUACCUCAGGAGCAAAGCUGUUGGAGAGGAGGCUGUGAGGGAAGAAUUUCCAGAUGCUGUAAUUUUGAAACCCUCUGAGAUGUUUGGGAGAGAGGACCGAUUUCUCAAUCAUUAUGCAAACAUGCGCUGGUUUGGUGGCGUCCCUCUUGUUUCUCUGGGCAAAAAAACAGUGAAGCAACCAGUCUAUGUGGUUGAUGUAGCAAAGGCAAUUAUUAAUGCAAUUAAAAAUCCUGAUGCAAAAGGAAAAACAUAUGCCUUGGCUGGCCCUCACCGGUACCUCCUGUACGACAUGGUCGAGUACAUCUACACCAUUGCCCACCACCCCUUCAUUCCCUACCCGCUGCCACGGCCUCUCUACCAUUUAGUUGCAAGAUUCUUUGAAAUGAAUCCGUUUGAACCAUGGUUGACACGGGACAAGGUGGAUCGGUUUCACACAACAGACAUGACAUUUCCUGACCUUCCUGGUUUUGAAGAGCUGGGGAUUGAACCAACCCCCCUGGAACAAAAAGCCAUCGAAGUCCUGCGCCGUCACCGCAGGUUCCGCUGGUUGGACGCUGAGCUGGAGGAAGUAAAGCCAAAAACACAGCCCAUGUAACAGCUGGCAAGGGGGAUACUUAAAGCUUCUUAAACUGCCUUUGGAUGACCCAACUUCUUUGGAGAACUGUGUACAUACUGAGUAAAAUGUAUUAAUCAUGUAAA